AUGCAAGAAGUUUCUAGGAAAGCACUACCAGAUCUCGAAAAAAUGGCUUGCGCAGCUGACAGCUGCAUCCAAUUCACGCGUCACGCAAGUGAUGUACUGCUCAACUUAAACCGGCUCCGCAGCCGAGAUAUUCUCACAGAUGUCACUAUCUUGGUUAACAGACAGCAGUUUCGAGCUCACAAAACUGUCCUCAUGGCUUGCAGUGGGUUGUUCUACACAAUUUUCACGGACUCCCUCAAAUGCAACCUCAACGCCAUUAGUCUGGAUCCAAAGGUUGAUCCAGAAGGUUUCGCCAUCCUCCUGGAGUUUAUGUACACCUCCCGACUCACCCUGAAGGACAGUCUCAUCAUGGCAGUCAUGAACACAGCCAUCUAUCUGCAGAUGGACCACGUAGUUGAUACUUGCCACAGGUUCAUCAAAUCCAGUGACUCCUCUAUCAAACUGCCCAGAGAAGACUUUCUGAUCAGUCCACUCCUUUUGUCUCAGGAUGUCCAUGGCUAUAGGCCCCAUGAGGUAGUAGAAAGCAUCCCUGGCCGUGCACCAACCUUCAGGGAUGGGCGACCUUAUGCAGCAGGCAUGUUCAAUGGAGUUAAUGCUCCCAGCAGCUCUUAUCACCUCUAUGGCCAGUUCCCCAUGCAAGGCUUCCCUUUUCCUCUGUGCAAGCUGACAGAUACCAAAAACACUUUUCCUGAUUUUAACAAAGGAGGUGUGAUCCACCACAAGCAUUGUGAUACCGGUAGCUCCAUGCUUGCCGAAUACUCCCGUGCCAACACUAGUGGCCCCUCCAACAUCUGCCACGCCGGUUCUUUCUCUACCCGAGAGAUGGCGAGAGAUGAGGAGAUGAAGAGGGAGAGUCUGGAAGGAGUGGUCCAGGCCAUUGGAACUGGUUCCAGAAAGCAUGGUUUCUCCAGCCUUUCCCAGGAUCAGCAGAAGGAGACGGGGAAGGACCAGUCAGAGGAAGACCUGAGCCAUCAACACUACCCACUGGGCAUCUCCUCCAGUAGCCGCAAAGGUCUGAUGAGCAGCCCGCAGAGCCCUCUUAAAUCUGACUGCCAACCUAACUCACCCACCGAGUCCAGCAGCAGCAAGAACGCUGCCCUUUCCCAGAGCUCCAGACCCUUGACCUCACAGGGUACCCAAGAUCCCAAGGCGCGCAACUGGAAGAAAUACAAGUUUAUCGUGCUCAACCAGAGCACCAAGGAGGAGGAGUCCAGUCCUCGUGACCCUGGGAUGCGCUCUCCACAGCGGCUGGGGUUGUCUCCCUUCCAUCAUCCGACAGAUUCAGAACAUCUUGAUUCACAGGCGACCACCAAGAUCAGCGAACAUGGGGAGGACUUUCCUGCUCCCCAGGCUAGUCGUCUAAACAACAUCAUAAACAGAAGUCUGGAGGGAUCGCAGAGGAGCGGCGAUGGCCAUACUUCUCGCUACAUGAACCACUUAAAGUGUUCAUCUUGUGGCUCCCAGUCACCGCAGCACUCUGAGGUCUGCCCCAAUACUCCUGCCGCACGUCUCUCAGAGGAGAUGUCUGAACUGCACUCAGAGUACUCAGACUCCAGCUGUGAAAAUGGUACUUAUUUUUGCAAUGAAUGCGACUCCAAAUUUGCAGAGGAAGAGGCCUUGAAGCGCCACAUGCUUCAGGUCCACAGCGACAAGCCAUACAAAUGCGACCGCUGUCAAGCUGCUUUCCGGUACAAGGGAAACCUUGCCAGCCACAAGACUGUACACACAGGAGAGAAGCCGUAUCGCUGUAACAUCUGUGGUGCUCAGUUUAACCGACCAGCCAACCUCAAGACCCACACCCGCAUUCACUCAGGAGAAAAGCCAUACAAAUGUGAGACGUGUGGAGCUCGCUUCGUGCAGGUUGCUCACCUCCGCGCUCACGUCUUGAUCCACACUGGAGAGAAGCCAUACCCCUGUGAAAUCUGUGGUACACGCUUCCGUCACCUGCAGACACUAAAGAGCCACCUGCGUAUACACACGGGAGAGAAGCCCUAUCAUUGUGAGAAAUGCAACCUGCACUUUCGCCACAAGAGCCAAUUGCGAUUACAUCUCCGUCAGAAACACGGAGCAAUCACCAACACCAAGAUCCAGUACCGCAUGUCUACAGCGGAUGUCCCCACUGAUUUGACCAAGACCUGUUAAGCAGACCCACAGGGGUAAAUUGUGACCAUGGCAUUCAAACCCUGAUGAGUACAAUCAUCCCAAAUUGUAGUGCCACACUGUGUUAACAGAUGAGAGAAAAAUAUUGGCAGUAAAUGCCAUCCUAAACGGGUUUCCUCUACAUGUGAACAUAGAACCACAUAUGGUCUCUUGUAGUCACUUUAUUGUUUAUAUUUGCAUAUAGAGUAAUGUUGGGAGUGUUUAUAAGCUUUGAGCUACAUAAAGCUUUAUUUUGUAGAAAAAAAAAAAGGAUGGAAUGUAAAACAUUGAAAUCCAGUUUUUGAGAAUACAGUAUUUUAUAUCAAAUAACUUACUUUUCUGAAAGUAUCCGGUGAAUUUUGAUUGAAAGGUCGUAUAUUUUAAGGUAAUGGUAUUUCUGGCUGUAAAAAGAACUGUGUCUAUAAAUUUUAUAUAUAUAUAUAUAUGUAAAG